AUGGGUAUAAAUAUACGGACGAAUCAGCACAUUAAUAAUCUUGCAGUGCUUCAGGGGAAGCCAAGAAAGGAGGAUGCUCUGUCUCUUCUAAUGGAAAUGGUACAUCGGGUGUCGUAUCUUAUGAAGGAAGAAAGGUUUACGGUGGGGCAGUUAGUUGAGUUUUAUCCGAAUGAGGGUAGGCUUCUAGGGAUGAAUGUAAAUCACGGGUCUAAGAUUAUGCUUCGGUUACGUGAGGCGACAGAUGAGACUAGAUUUCUGCCGCGCGAUUCUAUUCUAGAAACUAUGUUGCAUGAGUUGACGCAUAAUUUGUUUGGUAAGCAUGAUAAGAGGUUUUAUUCUAAACUAGAUGAUCUACGUGGGAGACAGUGGGUUAUAGAGCAAAGGGGGCUGUAUGAUAGUUUCAUUGGUAAAGGAAGGGCCUUGGGUGUCAGGCCUGGAUCAAAAUUGCCUAUCAGGACAAGGCAUAUCUGUAGCAGUGCACUUGUAGGAUCAGCCAAGGGUAGUAAUAAUACACCAAGGGAAAUGGCUGCUCAAGCAGCUGAGGAAAGAGCAUAUAAUAACAGAGGGUGUGGAUAUUUGUCGGGCGUCAGUGGCUUAGAGCCUACAAGUGAGGAGUUGGAUUUUAUAGUCGUAAGUGAUGUUACUGAUGCUAAGAACGCAGAUGCUAAUAGUAAAAGGAAGAGGAUUCAUAAUGUAAUUGACGCAGAUGCAGAUGCAGAUGGUGACCUAACAAGCGUAUCUAUUGAAAGACAAGGUAGACGAAAGUUGCGUUCGCGUGGAAAGCCUGAUACAAUAAUUCUAGACGACGACGGCGACUAUAUAGAGCAUACCGGUGAUUGUUUCAGCGUCGGCGACUCAAAUGGUAGAGAGAUAAUCGACCUUACGCAUGAAUGA